AUGCCCUAUUGCCUUUCAUUCCAGAUUGCUGAAAAAUGCACUGAACUCGAUUUGGAGGGCGCCCACCUGUUACGCGACGACUACAAGUUCCUCGAGUGGCGCUUGGGCUUGUACUACAGCCUCUCUAAAGUCACCAAUCGAAGUCGUUUCUCGAGCUCUUACACUUCCUUUAGAAGGCCAUUUGCGCAGUUAGAGAUUCCUCAUGAAAUGCACGAACUUCGUUAUAAGUACGAUGAUCGGGAGAUGCAAAUCGCCGUACUGCACAUGGACCCACGAACCAAAUAUCCGCCCCACCUCAACACAAGAUACACCAGCCUCUACAAGAUCAUGUUCAAUCCGUUCCUCCAGAAUGGAAAUUACGAACGCGAUUUGCCGAAAGAUUUUCUAUGGGUGUAACAAAGUGUCGCUCUUUUGCUGUUCAUCAUCUUGACUAACUUGUCAUUCCCAUAUUGGUUCCCUUGUAGUUAUACUUUCGAAAUAAACAU